AUGGCGACGACAUUGGUGAAUGCUGAGACACGUGUGACUGAGAAUGUGGUAUCCAAUCGCUGGAAGAUCAAAGUGGUAGACAGGAACUCUUUGUCAUGUUCUGAGAACAAACUGGAGCAUGGAUACAUAGUCAGUUCAGUUUUGAACCGAGACACCAAGCAGUUCGGUAAAAAAUACUUGUUUGAUGCAGAAGAGGAUACUUGCUGGAACUCUGACCAAGGUUCACCACAAUGGAUUCAUGUGCAGUUUCCAGAAGCAGUCACCUUACAGGAAAUGCACAUUCGGUUUCAAGGUGGAUUUGCUGGCAAGGAAUGCUGGAUAGAAGUGGAGGGAGCUGAGAACAAGGUUGACCCAAUCAAGUUUUAUCCUGAGGAUUCAAACUCUCUUCAGAGGUUUCCAUUCCCAGAAAACCUGUGUUGCACUAGUGUGAAGAUAGUGUUCAACACAAGCACUGACUUCUAUGGAAGAGUUACUGUGUACCAGCUAAACUUGCUGGGAGUGACAUGAUGUGCACAUGGUGGUUUCGUGACGUUGAAUGUGAACAGAAGUGAAAUGGCUACAUUGGACGUGAAAGGAACUGAUAUCGUGACGACGGACUUGAACGGAACAGAUGCCGUGACGACGGACGUGAACGGAACUGAUACCGUGAUGAGUUACGACGGAAGUGAACUGAUAAGGUGACGACUCAGGAGGUGAACUGAACUGAUAAGGUGACGCUGGAUGUGAACAGAAGUCCACGAGGCGUCACUACGCUGGAGGCAAGACAAGGAGGUGAGAGCAAAUUCGUCAGUUUGUGAACGAGACGCCUAUCAAGAACGCCAAUAUGUUCUUUUCUCGGAUGUACGUCGAGCACAUGACAGCACAUGUUUUAUUGCCUUGCUUUUUCACUAUUGAUUCACAUUCAGUUAAAAAACAUACUGGGUUGGAUAUGUGAAGGGUGUUUAAAAAUUUCCAGCCGGAAUAUCUUGUCCACCAAAGCCAGGUUGGAAGAAUGGGCGGACGUCGUCACCGAUCUCCAAGUAUGUAUUUAUUCUUUAUUUGAUUGGUGUUUUACUCCGUACUCAAGAAUUUCACUUAUACGAAGGUGGCCAGCAUUUUUGUGGGAGGAAACCGGGCAGGGCUCGGGGGGGAACCCACGAACAUGCGCAUGUUGCUGGCUGACCUUACCACCCACCAGCGCAUGUGCUGGACUUGAACUCACAGCGACCGCAUUGGUGGGAGGUUCCUGGGUCAUUGCGUCGUGCUGGCAUGCUAAGCACCUCGGCACGGUAUUUAUACAUUCGUACACCGUAGAAUGCUUGCAAAUGAUAUCGUCAGUCGGAGUUGUCUAAGGAUCGAGAGCUUUCUUCAUCAUGGAUGUUUGCCGACACGUUAAUUUCUGCGUCAAAACAGACAUUCGUAUACCAUCUGCCAAUCAAAAUGGACGUGCAAGGCCAAUUCCCAAAACAAAGAUUAACACAAACCGCCAAAGAACUAUGAAACUAUAUAAAGUACGAAAAUGUUACGGAAUCCUGCAAAGAGAAGAAAUCUACAAUUAACAAUCAUAGUGGAAAGACGCAAGGAAUGUUCUAGGCGAAUAAGUGAAACCAGUAGUCAAACCGUUUACCAUGCUGGUAAGCCUAUAUAAGUUGUCGAUAAUAAAAUAUGUAAAAAUGACCCACAACCUAUACGGCAGUAUUGUUUAGAAACUGUUAA